GAGGCAGCCGCUAAGCGCCCCACCACUUUGCCAAGCAGCGGCUUGAGGCGGUGGCACCUGGCAGUUAUGGCCACGGCCAGCGUGCGGGACAAGGCGGCUGCGCUGAAUCUCUCGGCUAUGCACAGCCCCGCGCAGAAGCCUCCGGGUUUCAGUGUGGCCCAGAAGCCAUUUGGAGCUACAUACAUAUGGAGCAGCAUUGUCAACACUCUUCAAACCCAAGUUGAAGUGAAAAGACGAAGGCACCAUUUAAAGAGACACAAUGAUUGCUUUGUUGGUUCAGAAGCUGUGGAUGUCAUUUUUUCUCACCUAGUUCAGAAUAAAUAUUUUGGUGACGUAGAUAUUCCUCGGGCCAAAGUGGUGAGAGUGUGUCAAGCCCUUAUGGACCACAAAGUAUUUGAAGCAGUUCCAACCAAAGUCUUUGGAAAGGACAAAAAGCCUACAUUUGAAGAUAGUAGUUGCAGUCUUUAUAGAUUCACAACGAUACCCAACCAAGAUAGUCAGUUAGGCAAAGAAAACAAAUUACAUUCACCUUCCAGGUGUGCAGAUACUUUAUGUAAGUCACCUGAUAUCAAGUCAACAAGCUUAGAGGAUCUUUGGGAAAACCUGAGUUUAAAACCCACUAACUCCCCUCGAGUAAAUAUCUCCACAACCCUGUCUCCACAAGUUAUUAAUGAAGUAUGGCAAGAAGAAACAAUUGGGCGUCUACUACAAUUGAUAGAUCUUCCACUUCUUGACUCCUUACUCAAACAGCAAGAAGCUGUGCAUAAAGUUCCUCAACCUCAGAGGCAGCCUGACCUGAUCAACAGCAGUAACUAUCUGGAUCGAGGGAUUCUGAAGGCUUAUAGUGACUCUCAGGAAGAUGAGUGGCUUUCUGCAGCAAUUGACUGCUUGGAAUAUCUUCCAGAUCAGAUGGUCGUGGACAUAAGCAGAAACUUUCCUGAGCAACCAGACAGAACAGACUUACUGAAAGAACUCCUGUUUGAUGCCAUUGGCAAAUAUUACAGUAGUAGGGAACCUCUGUUAAAUCACUUAUCUGAUGUUCAUAAUGGAAUUGCAGAGCUCUUAGUGAAUGGGAAGACUGAAAUUGCACUAGAAGCGACUCAGCUCUUUCUAAAGCUUUUAGAUUCCCCAAAGAGAGAAGAAUUUAGAAGACUACUGUAUUUCAUGGCUGUUGCAGCACAUCCUUCUGAAUUUAAGUUGCAGAAAGAAAGUGACAAUCGAAUGGUUGUGAAAAGGAUAUUCUCAAAAGCUAUUGUUGACAAUAAAAACUUAUCCAAAGGCAAAACUGAUCUUCUGGUACUUUUUUUAGUGGAUCACCAAAAAGAUGUCUUUAAGAUUCCUGGAACUCUGCAUAAAAUUGUCAGUGUUAAGCUCAUGGCUAUUCAGAAGGGAAGAGACCCAAAUCAAGAUGCAGGCUAUAUCUAUUGCCAGAGAAUUACUCCCAGUGACUAUUCUGAAAAUAAAGAGAAGGCAACCAAGGAUGAGCUGUUGAAUUUACUAAAAACUAUUGAUGAGAAUUCAAAACUGUCUGCCAAAGAGAAGAAGAAAUUGCUAAGUCAGUUCUAUAAGUCUCACCCAAAUACCUUUAUUGAAUAUUUUGGAGAUUGUAUUACUAAUGUUUGUAUAUAACUUGUGUAUUUUAAAAAACUAAUUAUGUAUUUUAAAGACAAUCACAUCUGUAAGGCUGAAAAUUCUUCCAAAUAUGAAACUAUACUUAAUAAAAUUUAUUUUGUGUAA